AUGGGUAGGCCUAGGAAAGACUCCCAAUCAUCAUCCCAACCACAACCAUCUGCUACAACUACUGUCACAGCAGAUCCCAGUAGGAUAGGGAGAGAUGGAAGGGUUAUCAGGGGUGGAAGAGGGUCAAGAGGUGGUGGUAAUAGAAGUGGAAGAGGAGAUGGGGAAGGAAGAGGUGGUGAAGGCAGAGGCAGAGGUGCUGGUUCAACUGUCACAGUAGCAACUAGUGGAAGAGGUGGUGAAGGCAGAGGCAGGGGUGCUGGUUCAACUGUCACAGCAGCAACUGGUGGAAGAGGUGGUGAAGACAGAGGCAGGGGAAGGGGAAGAGGUAGAGGUAGAGGAAGGGUACCUGUUGGUGUUGGUGUCUAUCAAGGGAUGGAUGGACAAGCCUAUAUUAAUGUUCCUGGACAGAGAGAAGGACCUAGAUCUAUCGUGGAUCCUUCAUUUUCAGGUUCAACUAACAUCACAUUAACACAACAAUCAGUUAAUGCUCCACACUAG